AUGUUAGAUCAAGAAAUUAUCUCACCAUCAAAAAGUCCAUGGGCAUCACCAGUAAUAUUAGUACCAAAAAAAGAUGGAAGUUUACGUUUUUGUGUCGACUACCGAAAAUUAAACACAGUAACAAUUCGUGAUGCAUAUCUACUGCCAAGAAUAGAUGAUACACUAGAUUCAUUACAACAAGCAAAAUUUCUGUUGACACUUGAUUUACGCUCCGGAUAUUGGCAGGUAGAAAUGGACAAAGAUUCAAGACAAAAAACCGCCUUUGUAACACAUAAAGGCCUAUUUGAAUUUAAUGUUAUGCCGUUCGGAUUAACAAAUGCACCAGCAACAUUUCAACGAUUAAUGGAUAUAGUAUUAGCUGGUCUCAAGUGGCAAUGCUGCCUCGUAUACAUAGAUGAUGUGGUAAUUUUUUCUCCAACAUUUGUACAACAUAUGACGGAUUUAGAAAAAGUCUUUCAAGCUCUUCAAGCCGCAAACUUGACAUUGAAAGCAGCAAAGUGCCAAUUCUGUCGGCGAGAAAUGCGUUAUUUGAGACACAUUAUCACACAAAAUGGCAUUAAACCAGAUCCAGACUUAAUCAAAUCUGUAACAAAUUUUCCACAGCCGCAGAAGAUCAAAGAUGUUCAAUCAUUCCUAGUUUUAACUGGAUAUUAUUGUCGAUUCAUCAAGGAUUGCUCAAAAAUAGUGGAACCACUGUUACAACAGCUCAGAAAUUCUCAACAAGUUAAUCAUCAGUUGAAAUGGUCAAAAGAAUGCACCAAUGCUUUUGAAACAUUGAAAAAAAGAUUAACAAACGUGCCAAUUAUGAACACACCAAAUUUUGAACAACCAUUCAUAUAG